UGUUAAAAUCGUGACCGCGGAAACCAAACAACGUGCGAAAAUGCCUGUUGGGAAGACAAUGAAAAAACCCCAGCUCUGCAGGCCAUUUUACACCCCAGCCACUUGAAAUGACAUUUAGGUUUAUUUGCAUCACGACAAGGACAUUGCGUGCCUCAGAAUUUCAAAAGUAAAUCUGGUGGUGAUAAAAACGUGUGAAUGACUAGAGAACGACUCUGACUUCAAUACAAUAGGCCUGCAAUACAAUGAAUGACCUUCCAUCAGAGAUGCGGUAUCAUGUGAAUGGACAGCAGCAUGAGAAGCCAUCACACAGAACCCCCAGAGAGCCAUGGCUGGGUUACGCCAGGGUGGCCAGGGAAGUACAGGGAGGAGGACUGACCAUUGACACCCUACCAGACAACAUGACACACUUAGUGGAGGACGCUGGUAAGUAUUACUCGUGGCGUAGUUUUGGCCCUGAUGACCAGCGCACAGAUGAACUCUGGGUAGAUCUAAACGACCUAGAGCAUGGCCAAGUCAGAAUGCAUGGCAUUUUGUCCAACACACACAGACAGGCUGCGAAGGUCGCCCUCUCAUUUGACUUCCCCUUCUACGGACAUUAUUUGAGGCAGAUUACCAUAGCAACAGGAGGGUUUAUUUUCAUGGGAGAGGUCACACACCGCAUGCUGACAGCAACACAGUACAUCGCCCCCCUCAUGGCCAACUUUGACCCCAGCUUCUCCAAGGAGUCUAUUGUGCAGUACCUGGACAAUGGUGAGGUGUUUGUGGUGCAGUGGGAGCGGGUGAGACUCCACGGGAGGGAAGCAGAGGGUGCAUACACCUUCCAGGCUGCCCUGCACCUCACGGGGACCAUCACCUUCAGCUACAGAGAUAUACCUUUGCCAGUGGAGGUGAUAAGUUCUGCUGAGCACCAAGUGAAGGCAGGGUUGUCAGAUGCAUUCAUGGUAAACCUGCAAUCCCCUCAAUCCUCAGAUGCCCAACGUCGGCUUUACGAGUACCAUCGGUUGGACAUCGAUACAACUAAGAUCACCAACAACUCUGCCUUUGAGUUCACUGCAUUGCCUACCUGUCUGCAGCAUGACAGCUGUGAACUCUGCCUCUCGUCCAACCUAACCUCUGGCUGUACCUGGUGCAACAUCCUCCAGAGGUGCUCAGAUGGAAUGGACAGACACAGGCAGGAGUGGCUGGACUACGCCUGUUCAGAAGAGGCCAAAGAUGUUACAUGUGAGGAUUAUUCCAUGGGGAGACCAGACAGCUCCAUUGACCCUUCAGUUCCCUCAGACUCUGAGGUCACCACUCCCCUUGGGCCCCUACUAGAAGGCCCUGCCACGGAGAGUAAGUCAAACGUGAAGACAGGCCCCCCGAGACAACACGACGGGUCAGCUCACACAGGAGUUAUAGCAGGUGUAGUAGCUGCAUUGGUGCUACUGCUGGCUCUGACACUGCUGGCUCUUUAUGUCAACUCUCCUCCUUCUGCUGCUUCACCCCUCUACUUCUUACAGCGACGCAACAGCUACUGGCCAUCCAUGAAGUUCAGGAAGCAGGGAUUCCACUCCAGCUACGCAGAGGUGGAGGUCGGUCAUGAGAAGGAGGGAAUCAUGGAAGCUGGCCAGUGCUGACCGGACUGAGGAGCAACUGGAUGAUGAGGAGAUAAAAAUGAGUUUGUAGGAGGGGAUGGAGUGAGCUUAGCGCUACACACACAUCCCUUACUCCAUUACACAAAUAAUGUUUUUCUGUUCAUUCAUUUUUCAAUAAUCACCUCAAUAUAGUCCCUGUAUUUAUUGGCUAAAAAGUGGGUGGCAUUUUAUAUCAUUUUUGGCGGACAAAGUCUUCUACUCUUCUUUUAAACGUCCGCUACUCAGGUUUUAGGGAACGGGACAAAUGGGAAGAGGCCACUUUUAGGCUUUGCUAGAAUUUCUUUGUUCAGUAUGGGUGUGGAUGAUUUCCAAGUUUCUCACCAUUUACCACACACCUCCAUGGGAUGUGUGUGUAACUGGAAUAAACUGAGAUACAUUAUGACUAUCAACAUCCAUGGAAAAAACACUAUAAAGGAUUCUGUAUCCCUGCACUUCCAUGAUAAGAACAAAGACCAGUUGUGGAUGUUCUUCAAUGAUCAUCUCUGCAACUUCGUUUUUAUUGUAUAGUUAAUGUUUUAAUGUUUUGUUCCUGUAUUGCUUUUUUAAAAAUGUACAGUACCAGUCAAAAGUUUGGACACACCAACUCAUUCAACAGUUUUUCUUUAUUUUUACUAUGUUCUACAUUGUAGAAUAAUAGUGAAGACAUCAAAACUCUGAAAUAACACAUAUGGAAUCAUAUAGUAACCCAAAAAGUGUUAAACAAAUCAAAAUAUAUUUUAGAUUCUUCAAAGUAGCUACCUGUUGCCUUGAUAACAGCUUUGCACACUCUUGGCAUUCUCUCAACCAGCUUCACCUGGAAUGUUUUUCCAACAGUCUUGAAGGAGUUCCCACAUAUGCUGAGUACUUGUUGGCUGCUUUUCCUUCAUUCUGCGGUUCAACUCAUCCCAUACCAUUUCAAUUGUGUUGAGGUCGGGUAGUUGUGGAGGCCAGGUCAUCUAAUGCUGCACCCCAUCAUUCUCCUUAUUGGUCAAAUAGCCCUUACACAGCCUGGAGGUGUGUUGAGUCAUUGUCCUGUUGAAAAACAAAUGAUAGUCCCACUAAGCACAAACCAGAUGGGAUGGCGUAUCGCUGCAGAAUGCUGUGAUAGCCAUGCUGGUUAAGUUUGCCUUGAAAUCUAAAUAAAUCACAGACAGUGCCACCAGCAAAGCACCCUCACACUUUCACACCUCCACCUCUAUGCUUCACGGUCGGAACCGCACAUGUGGAGAUUAUCUGUUCACCUACUCUGCGUCUCACAAAGACACGGUGGUUGGAACCAAAUAGCUCAAAUUUGGACUCAUCAGACCAGGACAGAUUUCCAACAGUCUAAUGUCUAUUGCUCGUGUGGACUUGGUCUUUUACCAAAUAGGUCUAUCUUCUGUAUACCACCCUACCUUUUCACAACACAACUGAUUGGCUCAAACGCAUUAAGAAGGAAAUAAAUUCCACACAUUUUAACAAGGCACACCUAUUAAGUGAAAUGCAUUCCAGGUGACUACCUCAUGAAGCUGGCUGAGAGAAUGCCAAGAGUGUGCAAAACUGCCAUCAAGGCAAAGGGUGGCUACUUUGAAGAAUCUCAAAUAUAAAAUAUAUUUUGAUUUGUUUAACACUUUUUUUGAUUACUACAUUAUUCCAUAUGUGUUAUUUCAUAGUGUUGAGGUCUUCACUAUUAUUCUACAAUGUA